AGAAGUGUUCUUUCUGUGACCUUACUCCCAGUGUGUUUUCAGAAUCAUUUGAAGCUCAUUAGCUUCUGGCUGACCUACUUUUGAGUUCUUUGUGUGGAUUUGUACUGUAUCAUGUGAUUUCAAGUCUUGAAGGCAAGUACAAUUUAAUAUCAAACUGUUUGAACAUGUAAGGUUCCUCUGCACUGGUGCCAUAUCAUCUGGUUUAAUCUUGUUUAUCUAUCUUAUUUCCUGCUUGAUUGGAAGGUGAACAAGUUUUGCAGUGGAAUGUUCCUCAUCAAGGAACAUUAUUACAUUGAUUACAAAUUGAGGGUGUAACAUUUUCCUUUUUAUAGAUUCAGAAUUCUUUCUUCAAUAUUGCAUCCAGCUUAUAUAAUUCCGAUAGGGUACCUCUGUUAGAAACUGAUUAGAUAAGGAUUCCAUUUCUGAGGAAGCUGAAGCCCCAUGCCUCCUGCACUGAGUCGAUAAAAAUCAGUGGCUUUUUCUAAUCUGAUGAAGAUGAGGAGUAAAAUUUUAUACUUAAUUCCUGGGGAAGGGUAGGGAGUCCUUGAACUGUCAAUAAACAGAAGAUAAUGGUUGGAGAUGGAUGUCAUCUGGGCACAACUACUAUGUCAUAAUUUAUGUGUCUUACCUUGAUUUGUGACAGUCUGAGGUCACUGACCUGAAUUAGGGAAUUGUGUGUUGAGUUAUCUCCCCUUUUUAAUAGUGCAGCCUGUUAUUGAGGAGAAGUCAAUAAGGUCACAAAAUGUAGAAUAAAGUGUUGGUACAAUGUUCAGAUAUUUGGUGUAUUUUCUUAACUACACAUGCAGUUAUUUGUUAUCAGUUAGCAAUACUAAUAGCAUCAUUUUUAGUACAACUGAUAGGUAUCCAAUUAUAGUCCAUCUCAAGGAGUCAACUAAGAGAAGUCAAUCCUGUACUGAAUUCUGAGAAAAUCUCUCUGGGAUAAAUCCUCUGUAAUGUAAUAGUAUUUAAACUAAAAUGAACCCGGUCCACCUUCAUAUGCUACUAUUGAUCUGUGAGUCAUCUGAUCAGGAUUGGAAAAUCUUGUCAACUUGAUGCACUUGCAUUCUCUGAGUGAGAUUGUCUGAUGUAGGAGGAAGCCGAAGACAGUGUGCGGUUGGAACUGUCCAUUGGGCUAGGAAGAAUUAAAGACAUGGCAGAUUAAUUAUUCAUACCAAUGUAUUGUUCCGGAUAGUAAGAUAAUGCCACUGGAGUCAUUUUCAGAUUGAUCUUGCAUUUUGUGAGAGAGAUUCAUCUGUAUACCUGUGUCAUUCAAAAUUAAUUAAUCUCCUGAAAAUUAAAAACCGGAAAGAAACUUCAGGUGUUUUCUUGAGGCAGAGGAAAGACUUGAAUUACCCCUGUGCUGAUCACUACAUGUCACUGAUUCUUGUGAGAGAAGGAAUACAACAGUGACAGUGGUUUGGAGGGCAGUGGUGCAGCCAUGAUGUACUUUAUUUUGACAGAUUCACAGAUCCCUUGGACAAUGGCUGACAGAUUAAUUUGGCACUUAUUACAUGUUUAUUAUUCAAAUCAAGUUUUGCCCUGGUCUGGGAGAGCAACAGAGGCUAGUUUAUAUUGAUUUUUCAAUGGAAUCACCUCUACUUUCUCCCCCUCUCUCUCCAUAACUCGGAUUGACUAGAGGCUGAGUAACCAGACACUGCUUAAAGUGACUCAGAUCUUAUUGACAGAUUUUCAUUAAAGACAUUCCUUUGUCAAUUAGUGGCCUUGUUUCAUUGCAAUGUUCCAGUGGGUCUGGCAUCAGGGAGAAAAAAAGGAGAGAAAUUUUGUGUCACAUUGUGAAAUGGAAUUAGCUGUCUUGUAGCUUAACUUGGUUGAUGUAAGUUUGGAUUCUGGAGAAAAGGAAAAUAUAAUGAGAGGAAUGAAAACAGGAAGUUUUUUCACAUUUAUCAAAUUUGUCAGUCUAAACUAAUAUAGUGCCUGAAUUCCUGUUUGAUUCAAUGUGUUGGAGAUGCGUUUGGGGAUAUAGACAAUAUGAUCAAGCUUGUGCCUCACAGUCUCACACUGACCAUUGAUCUGACAUGACAGGGUGAUUGGCAGUUGAUGGAAGAUGUGUGCCGCCAUGGUCCUGGACCAACUGCUGGUUCUGUUGUGGUGCAAGUCAGAAAAAGAUGGUACACCUGUCAAGACAGGUGUCAACAGCUCAGACUUUUGAUCACAAUGGGAUGUCAACUUUUAUAAGUUGUCAUGGCCUUUGAGGUUCAGAAUAUAUACAGCACACCACAGAUUCCGCGCAAGCGGCCAUGUUUACGUCCUCGCCGAAUGACGCUGAUCGAUCUCAGAAAUGUACGAGUAGAUGAAGAUGACAACCAGCCCUAUAGAAAAUGCAGCACUGCUACAAUCCGAUCAGAGGGGACCGGCACACAGUACUACUCCAAGCAUGGUGGAAUUCAACACAUGUAUGAUAGCUCCGACACCAGCAGUCUGGAUUCCUUCAAGAGUAACUCCUCCUGUAUGAGGAUCAGGAGAGUGUCCAGCUCGGUUGAUGGAUCCACCAGGUUCCCCAGGCUGCAGGAGUGUGCCCAUUUUCAUUAUGACGUGGUAGAACUUCCCAAUUUUCAGGCAUGUUUAAGUGAUGAGGAGCAGGAGAAUUUUCACCAUGUCGUGGGGGAGGAGGAGGGAGGGGCUUUCCUCAUCAAGAUCACCUGUGGCAACAAGUGCUGGAUGGUCAAGCGCACCCUCAAGAACUUCUGCAUGCUUGACAGGCAGCUACACAAGUGUAUCUUUGACCGCAAGUUCAGCAGGUUGCCUGAACUCCAGAAAUCUGAUGAAGAAAAAAGUCCCAAGGAAAUGGAACUUUUUCUUCAGGCCUACCUGAAGAGAUUUUCUGACAUAGCUGGUAGUAUGAUCAACUGUGGCUCUGUGCUCAACUGGUUUGAGAUUGAUAAUCGUGGAAACCGUUUACUGGUUGUGGAUGAUUCAGGGAUCAAUACCCCAGCCAUCGCUGCAGCCCAUGCAGUCAAAAGAUACACAUCCCAGGCCAUCGACGAAAUCUCGCUAGAGGUUGGAGACAUUGUGUCUGUGAUUGAUAUGCCCUCCACUGAUGACACAAUUUGGUGGCGGGGAAAACGAGGAUUUGAGGUGGGCUUUUUCCCUGCAGAGUGUGUGGAAGUGAUAGGGGACAAAAUCCCAGCCUCUGUCCAAUCAAUGGUGCCCCUCAACAGCAAUAGUAAGAAACCUUUAGUCCGUAAGCAUGGGAAGUUUCUGUCCUUUCUUCGGAUGUUCUUCAACACUCGUCCUCCACGGAACCAGUUGAAACAGUCUGGGAUUGUCAAGGAGAGGGUGUUCGGUUGUGAUCUGGGGGAACACCUGCUCAAUUCAGGGCAUGAUGUUCCUCUUGUGCUGAAAUGCUGCUCUGCAUUUAUUGAGGAGAUGGGCAUUGUUGAUGGGAUAUACAGACUUUCUGGAAUCACAUCAAACAUACAGAAAUUAAGACUUGCUUUUGAUGAGGAUCGAGUUCCUGACCUAACAGAAGAGAUAUACCUACAAGACAUUCACUGCAUCAGCUCACUGCUCAAGAUGUACUUCAGGGAACUCCCUAAUCCUCUGCUGACCUACCAGCUCUACGACAAGUUUGCUGACGCAGUGCGAGAUGAAGACAAUAAACUGUGGAAGAUCCAUGAUGUCGUCCAACAACUUCCUCCACCUCAUUACAGGACUGCUGAGUUCUUGAUGCGCCAUCUAGCAAAAGUUGCAGCAUUUGGGAAGGAAACUGGUAUGCAUUCCAAGAAUCUGGCCAUUGUGUGGGCCCCAAAUCUUCUCAGGUCAAAGGAGCUGGAGUGUGGGGGAGGAGCAGCAGCCCUGCAGGGGGUGGGGAUCCAGGCAGUCGUCACUGAAUGCUUGAUUGUUUAUGCAGACCUUAUCUUCAGUGACAAACUUCCAUCAUAUUCCUCUCCAGAAUUGAAACCCUCAAGGAAAAAGCCAAGACCCAAAUCUCUAGCAAUUUCCACGCCCACAAAGUUGAUAACCUUGGAAGAAGCAAGGGAGAGGGCCCUUUCGGCCAGUCUUCGUCCUCCACACCAGAAAUACAUUGAUGUGGGCAGUGGGCCCAAAGGCUUACCUGAGAAGUACCACACAGUACUGGAUCUACCUGGCUACAGGAAGAAGAUGCCUCUUAAGGAGGUUGGAAAUUUGAAAGCCAAAAAAUCUCCUAGUGGAUGGAGGUCCAUAUUUUCUAAGGGAAACCGACAAAGCAGCAUCAAACACAAAAAUCACAAAAGUGGAUUAUCACAAUCCUUGGGCACUGGAAUGGAGAGAAAGGCCAUCACAGAGGAGGAUGUUCAGACCUGGAAGAGGAGGCGACUAAGAGGAGCGAAGAGUGCCGAGUCUCUCCUUGUCCUUCCUCAGUCCUCCUCCAUUGACAGUACCAAGAGGAUGUCCAGGCUUGUGGAUGAGAACAUGCUCAUGAAAAUGUUCCAAGAAGAAGAAGGCCGGCGACCUUUAGGUCACAAGAGAUCUCUAUCCUCAGAGUCCCCUAGGAGCCUCAUGCAUACAGAGGAGGCUGUAACCUACCCUAGCUACAUUGUGGCUGGAUCUAGAGAAAUGGCAAUUGAUGUGUAUGAUCUGAAAGAUUGUGUUGAGAAUGAAAACCCUGAGAAAAGGAAACAGAAGCAAACCUUUGUUCGUUCUGAGCCAAAGAGGAGAGUUGUAUCACAUAGGAGGACCCCCUCAGCACCUCUCAGUCCUAAACUUGAUGACUCCCGCGAAAAAAGCAGGAGUCCAAAAAUGUCAAAGCAAAAGGGCAUCUCACAAAGUGUUAUUGAAAUAGAGCAUCGAGGAACAGAGGGACUGAGAGAAAAUCUUAUGUCAUCUUCCAUUGACGCAGAAAAAUUUGUGUUACACAUGGAUGACAAAGACUUGCUAAAACCAAUCGAUCAAAAGAGCAAAAGCCCCUCAAGUGACAGUCGGAGACUUAGGAAAUCACCACAGAGAGAUUCAAAGGAAAUGUCUGCUUCUCCUAAAGAACAGAGAAAGACCUUAGACAUUAGUGACAAACUACAGAGGAAGGACGAAGUGAUCGAUUUACCAGAGAGUCCUGGAGCUAGAAGGAAGAACUGGCUAAGCAGUUCAUCUUCCACCCCCUCCACAACUCCAGAUGAACCUCCAUUACAUCAGUAUUUCUCCAGACAUCACGACUAUGCAGAAAUCUCAAACAGUGAAAGUGAACUUAUCGACAACAUCCAGUCAUCUUCUACCUUAAAGGCAGAGGAAAACGCAAACCGAUUAUCGGACAAUUACGACAAUGUGGAUAAUGCAAUGUUUUUUCUUCCAUCAGAUGACACGGAUCUACUGCAGUCCAUUGAUCAGGCAACACAGUCUAUUAAUCAAGCUUUGGACAACACUGUAACCUCAUAUUCCUACAGCGAAAGUGAAACAAACUUUUCCUCUGUGGAGUUUUCAAAGAGUAGAACUAAUGAAUGUUCUAGAAUGUCGAAGUGUUUAAGUGUCCCCUCUGACAUUCAAAAAUCUCUUGAAAACCUAACCUCUGGAAGCCAAACUGACUUGUUAUCUUCCAUAACUUUAAGUGAAGUAUCUACUUCCAUAGACAGUUUCAGUCUCAGUGAGGAAACCAGUUCUGGUGCUGACAGAAAGCGUCGGAGUGCCUCACUGGACAGUCUGACCGAAUCACCACUCACACGAACAUUGAUAGAAAUCAAUGCUCAGAUAGACCAGGCCUUCAAGAACGAAGUCCAAAAAGCAAAGAAACUGAAAGAGGAAAAAAGUUUGUCAAUCGAUUCUGGUGACUUCAAGGAAGAGAUUGCAACAAGUAUGUAUGAAUCUGCCAACCAAGACUCAAAUACAUUCGUGGACAGACCUGCUGCUGAAGUACAAGUUGUUGAAACUCCAAGAUUAAUUCGUGCUCCAUUACGUAGUGCCAAAGACCAAAACUUUUCAUUAAAUGUGGGGAAGUCUGCUGAAUCUACAAACAUUUCAUCAUCAUAUCAAACCAAAACACACACUCCUGAGGAGCAUUUAGUUGCUUUUUCCUCUGUACAGCAAGUUCACAGUGCUUCAUCAGAAUCCAGAAUAAUCUCACCCCAAGAAUCUCCCAAGCAAAACCUAAAAGGAUCUGCCUCAUCCCUCAUUUCUAUGUCACCUUUGUCGAGUCCAGUCAUGGCAAGGACAGGAAGUUCUCCCAUGUCAAGUCCUGUUCAGAGACGCCCAAAACGUUCACAACCAGACACCCCCACCCAGCCCUGGGCCCAAGACAGUCCAAUCUCUAGUCCUGGUGCUGCUCAGGGGGGUUACGUUUCACCAUUAAUGAGUCCAGCUAGCUCAGACCAAUCCUUUGAUUACGAUUCUCAACAGAGAAAAAUGCUGUCCAGGAGAGGAAAAGUGACUUUUGAUUUGUCUGAUGAUGAUCUCUAUUUUCUUUCACAACAAGGAAAGAAGAGAGAAACACUUAAAAGAUCUGACUCUAAUUCAUCCUCUUCAACUGUAUCUAGUCUUUCGAGUCCAGAGGCCCGGGUAAAACAAACCUCCAAACCUGACAAUUCUCCUUCUGCAAUUCCAAAGCAGUCAGCUAAAAGAGAUUUUCCACAUUUAUUGCUCUCUUCCUCAAACACUGAUACAAAAUCCACUUCUAGUCCACGUUCUCCUCGCAACCAGCCAAGAUGGGAAGAUUUGGCUGGGCUUAACCAAGAUUUUCGAGCAAUGGCUGGUUUAGAUAAAUCAUCCAACAAACCACAAGGAAAAUCAAAAGAAGGGAAGUCAACUACACCACUGACAAAAUCUUCAUCAAACCAUGAAAACUUAGAUUCUUCUUUUGACAAAAAGAUUCAUGACCUUUCCAAUUUUAAUGAACUCUGGAAAACCCAGCUUGCACCAACUGGUGAUGUGUGUAGAUUAACUGAUAAUAGAGACAAUGGUCAUGGUGGGAAUAAACACCAGUUAAAGAGAUCUGUGACAUUACCAGCUUCCAUGGAAGUGCCGCAGACAUUUGACCAGAGGGACCACAGCCCAGAGUGUAGCACAGAAGAAAGGACUGUCGUGGAGCAUAAACCAAUGAUCAAAAAAAGUUUGACAGACUGUGAUCUCCCUCAAAUAAAACACUGUAGUAUUGUAACACAGGGAAGCACAGACACUUCCUCAAGUUCUGAAAUGCAUUUAUGUGAAUCUGGAGCAAGUCUUGUGGUGCAUGAAGAAAACAGUAUGGAUAGUCAAGUGAAUAUAUGUAGGAGUGAAAGUUACAACCUAGCUGUGGGACAUUCAGUGGGAAGAAAUGACAUCCAGGACAAGGAGCAAACAAACAAACCAGCACAGAUUGGAAAGAAAAUCAACAAAACCCACAAGGUUGAUGGGAAAGAUGUUGUAUUGAAUAUGCCAGUUCUACCCCCUUUGGAGUUGUCUGGAUUCCCCAAGUUUGAAAACUCAGAUCAAGUUCCCAUAACUGGUGCUUCCAAGCUAAGCUGUGAUAAAAAUGAAAAAGCUGGCAAUUGCAAUGAUUUGUUGGGAGGUGAAGCAAGCUUCCCUGUAAACUUGUCUGACAGUUAUUAUGACAAUUCAGAUAUGAAUACAUAUGGAGGCGACAACUCUUUAAAUGAUACAAAUUCAUUUGGAGGUCAUAGCAGUAUGAUGGAUGAGAUUGACAUCAAUGAAAGUUGUUUUGGAAUUCCAACACAUCAGAAUCUCAGCAAUGAAAUAAGAGAGAAAAUGCAAGAUCGAUUCAAAGUGAAGGAUCAUAGCUCUACAUUUAAUGACACCAUACAACCAGGACUUAAUGUUCGCGAAUUCCCAGAUCACAUGGUAAUCGAUGAAAAUUACGACCAUCCUCAUGGAAUGGACGUUGAUGCUUCAGUGCUGGCUACUGGGUACACAUCCAUAACCAGACCAGCAGAAGACAUUCAGAUGUUGUCACAAGGGCCACUGAUCACUGCAGAACCGUUUGUGGUUGAACAGAUUGAACCAGUUAGUCAAAUGGUUCAUCCCAUUGAUAAUUCUGAGGAAGAGGCACAGAAUGCAAUCAAUGCAGACAAAGAGUUCAAUAUGACACUUCAAACAUCAUUGAAUCAGAAUGCCUUCUUUAAACCUUCGUGUGACAGAGAGACUGCCAUGGAAACUGACAUCUGCAGCAGUGUCAGUGGACCACUUCCUCAGCUUCCCCCUCCAGAACAGGAGUUCCUAGAAGUUCGUAGACCACGUGUCAUGAAAACUAAAUCAAAAACUCUCUCAAGUGAAGGGAGUUCAGAGAAAGGUGAAAACGAGGUGAUAGUGGAGCAUAGAGCAAGUUUUAAGAAAAAAGCCCCUGUUCCUCUGCCAACCUCCAAAUCAAGAAAAGAGUGCAAACAACCAAUGGAAGCACUUGAUUUCUCUGACUUGAAUGAUGAUGUUUUUGUCGAUGAUGUAAAGUCAAAUAUAACCAGUAGCAAAUUAGUUAGUCGUGUUCAUCAUAAAUCUGUAGCAGAAAGAUGUGUUGGAAAUUUUCCAGCUUUAGAAGAGCCCCCUAACCGUAGUUCUCUGGAUGAAUCUGUCCUGCAGAUGGCUUCAUCACGUCAUGAUGAUUUCACAGAGGAAGACGGUCAAACAGAAGAUGUCAGGUUUACAAAAGCUCACAAGUCAACAAAGUUGCAAAGUCUUAAGGAACUGUUUGAAAAGUCAUGUAAAGAAAGUGCAGAAAAAUUCAAAAUGGCCAGUACUACAUCUCAAGAAAAUUUAGUUUGCUUGCCGACCCCAGAGUCCCCUCAAGACACAAGUAGAAUUGUGAAUGCUAGAGCUUCGUUUGGAAAACAGAAGUCUUAUUCACAGAUUGAGCAAUCAGGAUUUGAACAGAUUGGUGCAUGUGGUCCUGCAUUGGAUAAUUUCAAUGUCCCAGGAAACAGGAGAAGCAUUUCGACAGAUGUGGGUUAUGAAUUCCAAAUUUCAAAAAAUAUUGGAAUAAGAAGUGAAAAAAUUGAUAAAUCUGUUGCAAUAGGGAAGCCUCCUAAACAUAGGAGUGUUUCAAAGACAAGGACUGGUAGUGAGUCAUCCAUGUGCGAGUCUGACAUGAGGACAAGGUCUUCUCGAUCUGUUGAUGGAUCUCCAAAGUUUGCUCGAGAGGGAUCUCUUAGUUCAAAAAGUUCGCCAAAAUCUCAGAGAGACUCCUCUCCCUUUAGCCAAAUUUCAUCAGAUGACUCCCCUCGAGGAAUUCGUCGGUGUUCCGAAGAAAGCUCACCUCGAAGUAUUCGGCAUCAGUCUUCCGAGGAAAACUCACCCAAAAUUCUAAGGGUCAAAUCUGAUGGCUCUCCCAGGGGAACAAGGCAUGUUUCCUUUCAGAGCCACAAUCAGUCUAUAACAACCUCACAAGGUGCGUCUGGGAGUGGCGUGGUGGUGGUUAGCUCAGAGAAAAACGAAAGAAUGACCAAGUCAUGUUCAGUGUUAAACACUUCACCCCAAGGUGCAUCCAGAGGUAGUGGUCCAGAGGAUGUGAUGAGCAGGUCUCUGACAUUAGAACAUUCUCAUUCUCUAGAGGAAGCCACAUCUCAUCUCAAAAGAAGAGGGAGCAUUAAAGAGCUCAUGCAUUUUUUCGAAAGUAAGCAGGAAGGGAUUGAUGAAGAACCACGACAGGUCGGUCGACAGCGUGUUCACAGUGUUUCGCCAACUUUAGGACUAAGACAAUCCAACUCGCGAUCUUCUGAAUCUUUGACCCUUGUUAAUGUCCGUCAUAGUUUAGAGUUGCCAUCAUCAAGUGGUCUAUCAACCCUGGAGGGGAUGUCGAGACCACAACCAGUUCGAAUGGGUCCUAAGCCAUUUUACAGUGUCAAAAACAAUUGAUUUCAAGUGCUUUGUACAAUGCAUAAAAAUAGGGUUUCAAUCUGAAAUAUUACUUAGGGACCACACCUAAUCAAUAUAGCAAUAAUAUUUUCCUUGAUAUUCUCAUUAAUAUGAAUUUCCUAGAACUGAUACAUUUUUAAAAUCAUUAAAACACAAGUUGUGUGGCAAUGUGCAAUAGUGAAGUUUUAGAAAGCAGCAUUUUUUACUGUUUUUACACCCAUUCCAACUAUGAUAACAUUGACAUAGUACAGUUUAUUUCCUUUGGCUUCAUUUAUAUUUUUCUUUGAUGGUUAGUUUAUUGUGCAGUAUUAUUUUUGGGUAUUUAAAUUUCAGUUUUUAACUGUCUUUUGAGUUGAUGAUUAUGUCAUAAGUCAGAAAGUAGACCAUGCACUGCCAUGUAGGUAAUUGCUGUAAAUGCCACUUCAUCUUUAUAGUAGAGUAACUGUGUAGGAGGCUAGCUGGACUUUCACAUGACAGCUUCUGUAUCCAGUGUAUAUAUACAUGUAUACAACAUGAUAGAUAUUUGCCAUGUAUUCUCUCUAGUCAGUAUUUAUUUAUUUUUUGUUUAUGUGUAUUUGUUAGCAACACUCUUAUAGAACUAUGUGAACGUGGUAUUUUGCCCUAUGUAUAUAUAAUGUAAAAAUACCCUCUUCCUAAUAAAUCCUUUGUAUUUGUGAUCACAUGCAGAUGGUUGUAUUGAGCGGUUGUAAAUCCUGCUCACAAAUGAAAGAGUAAAAAGUCAUUAUCUGAAAAGAAUCCUAUCAUUUCCUCCCCCUGGUAGCUCAGAUCAAAUACUAGUAUAAACGGGAGUUCCUUACCAUAAUGAAAUUGUCUGUCAUCAUCAGAUAGUUUAUUCUAGUUGGUUGAUUUAGUGUGCUUUUGUUCAUUGGUCAUGUGUGAGAGUUUUCCCCCUUCCUGUAUUACAUGUGAUUGUAUGUUUAUUUUCUGCACUUCCAUGUACUAUACCUGUAUUUGUAUGGGUAAAGAUUCUCAAGUGCUUAUGGCAGGGUCCCAGUGUAAAAGAUUGGGAUUUUUAGCAUAAUAUUUAUUUUUUAUUCCAUAUUUCAUUAUCAGAAUGUGUAAAACCUCACAAACAGGCAAUAAACUGGUGAUUAAUAAAUAUUGCAAAACAUUA